GAGUAGGCUACUUUGAUUGGCGCCAAUGGCAGGCAGCCUUGACAUGGUAAUUUCUCUAGUGGAAUUUGAAAGGAGUUUGAAUAAACUUUUAACUAUAGGCACUGUAUGUUACAUAAUGCUUUGCAUGAAAAAUGUUUGGUGAAUUUGUUUAGUUACUUAACUUUAUCAGCAUGUUUGAUGUCAAAUAAAGUUGCGGCAGCACUAGCAUGAAUUACGAUUACUUUCCUCAAAACAUAGUUUUUAACCUGUGACUACCUAUAACAACCUAAAGCUGCAAUUUACUUUUGAGGCAGCUGUACACCAAGAAUGGAAGCAUAAACAGAAUAAUCUUUUAAGCCGUAGUCUAACCAACCAUGGAUUCUGUAACUACCUGUUUAGUCCCAUUUUUGAAAGAUGAUAUUUUGGAUACAAAAUAUGAGGAUAGUCAGUUCAUAGAAAGACUGGUGAUAAAGGAUGAUCUAGAAAUACUCAAUAUUUACCCAAACUAUAAUUUAAAAAUUCCAUACGUGAAGCUGGAAAAGUAUGAUGUAAGCAAUUUACUUGAUGGGAAAUAUGAAUUGCAGCCUUCAACAUCAGAUGAAAAAACUUCACCAUUACAGGAUGGUAAUGAAUCCAGAACUGUUGAGCCCAAGACAAUACACUUAAUACCAUUGUACAAGACUGAACCAUCCUUACCUUUGAAAGAUGAGCAGGAUUGUAGGAAGCCCAGCAUUGCCAAGACGGAUACAAUACAAUUAGUACCAGUGAUCAAGAAGGAACUUUCUAUCUGCAAUGACGAGAUGGACUUGGAACAGGUAACGGAGACAUCAUUUCUGUGUGAAAAUGAACAUACAACGAAUAGGUCAUCAUUUCUGUGUGAGAAUGAACAUACGAUUAGAUCUCAGACUUUUGUGUGUUACAUUUGUGACAAAUCCUACAGAUUGAAAGGUAGUCUGGAUCACCAUCUUCUCUGUCAUUCAGGAGUGAAGCCGUAUGAGUGUGAUCAGUGUUCAAAGCGAUUUUACACUAAAGGAAAGUUAAACGAUCACCUGAAAGUUCAUUCUAAUGAAAGACCUUUUGAUUGUAGUAAAUAUGGUAGGAACUUCAAGCACAAUGCAGUCAGGAAUCAACAUGAGCGUAACCACUUGGGUGAAAAAAAUUUCUCUUGUACAACAUGUAGUAAACGUUUUUCGAGCAAGAAUAGUAUAGCAAUCCAUUUAAAAAAUCAUGCCGGACUCAACCCGUUUUAUUGUGAAAAAUGUGACACCCGUUAUACUGUAAAACAAAGCCUCAUUCACCGUAAGUGCAAGGCAAACAGUAGAGUUAGGGAACGUGUCAUCUGUUACGAGUGUGGGACAUCGUUUGCAAAUAAAUAUCAUUUGAUCGAUCAUCUAAGAUCACAUUCGGACACGAAGCAUUAUCAGUGUGAUGUGUGUGAGAAGUUGUUUAAACAUGAGGCAUCUCUACGUAAACAUAAGCUAUCACACAAGAAGAGGCAGUUUGGGUGUGACAUAUGUGGCAAGUAUUUCAUCCAAAAGAAGAAUCUAGUUUUACAUAUGCUGAUGCAUAUGGGGAUCAAACCGUUUGUCUGUGAUGUAUGUGAUGCUGCAUUCUCUGAAAAAGAUUCUUUGAUCCAUCACAAACUGAAACAUUCUGGGAUUGUUAUGUUUUCAUGCAAAAUUUGUGGUAAACAAUAUGCAACAAAACGUACUUUAGCUAAACAUGAAAAACUGCACUCAGGUGUCCAGUUUUCAUGUGACAUAUGUGACAAAACCUACAGUAGUAAGUGUUCCUUAACACGGCACGAGCUCAUUCAUAAAGCAAAUAAACCGGAAUUUGUUUGCCGUGUAUGUAAUAAGUCUUUUAUUUACAAAUCUUUACUAGGUUCACACAUGCGAAUUCAUUCAGAGAAUAAACAAUUUUCUUGUGAGCCUUGUGGGAAAAGCUUUCGUUAUUAUAGCAGUUUGUAUAUGCACCAACGUCGACAUUCAGGGAUUAAGCCAUUUACAUGCAAUGUUUGCGGGAAAUGUUUUACUGAAAAAUCAUCCCUGGAAUAUCAUACCAAUACACACUCAGAUGCAAGACCUUACAAGUGUAAAACAUGUGGUCAAAAGUUCAAUAGUAAGCCAUCUAUGCUGAGACAUAAAACUGUACAUUUUAGGAAGAAACAGUAUACAUGUGACAUUUGUGGAAAAUCAUAUAGUCGCAAAGAGAAUUUAUUACGUCAUAUUAGAAAUUGUCCAUAGCCACUCUGAAGGCAAAUCUUACCAUGUAACAUGUAGCACAGGCCUCAUAGAGAAAUAAUAUUUUUCAAAGCACACUACAAUAAGACACAGAGAUCAUUCACUACCCUUGUAGUAGUGUCAGUAGGUAUCAAGUCUAUCAAGAGAGCUUUUUAGUGUCCGAUCCUUAGUACACCCUAACUUGGUGCCUUAAAAUUUAUCCUCUUAACCCAAAUCUUAUAUUAUAAUAUAAAAAAAUGAUAUUAGAAUACAACUUUUGAAUGGGAGAUAAAGAAAGUUAUGUGCAAGUGCUGGAGGAAAUAGGAAUAAGAUGGUGUAACUAAUAUUGGUUUAUUGACAACUAAUCAGUAAACACUAGUUUAUUGCAUAAGCAUUUAAUAUUUUUUUAAACAUUUAUAUUUGAUAGUGUAGUUUAAAAAAUUCUGUAUUUCUUGUAUUAUUUAUUUUAGGUUCUAAAGAACCUUUGUUAAUUUAUUGAAAUUGUUGUAUUCUGUAGCACUUCUAAUGAAUUAUUAGCUAUGAACUAUCUUUUUACUGUUUAUUUUUCAAUUUGAGUAAUAUUUUGUAGUUCGUUUAACAAUUAUGUAUUUGUAGAUAUUCAUGCAAUAUUUUACCUCAAGAAGUACAAUAAGUUACGAAGCAAAAUACAAAUUAAUUGAAUAAGAAAAAUGGGGGCUCUGUUUUGUAGUAGUAAAAUGCUCAUCUCCUAUUAGGAUCUCCGGAUGUGAGUGUCGGCGGAGCAUGUACUUUUUAUGAAAAAAUCUUUAUUUACGUUUAUAUAUAUAGCCCAGUAAAAGAAUGAUUCUAGAAGGAAUAUCAAUUAGCGGAAAAAAACCAUUUAUGGGGUUAACUUGGUAGAAUAACGUACUAUAUGUCCUUAAACCUAGGAGUGUCAAAAAAGGGAGAAAGGACGGGGGCCGAAGGUAUCUUUGGUUUUCUGCCUAUAUCUCAGUAGGGGUUAAUUAUCACUCAUAAAUUAUUAAUUUCAAGACCUUAUGUCAGCACAUUUUUUAUCAAACCACUGUCUACAGUGCCUCAAGUUUACAUUACACAGAAGAUUUGUUAGCUUUAAUGUUGUAUAUGUGUCCCAUAGACCCCUUAUUUUGCCAUUUGUUGACUAGACAUAUAUAAAUUCACACAAAUGAUUGUAUAUGGCUAGGAUAGUGUUCUUCAAACAGAGGGAAUAUAUUCUUCCACCUGAAGGUCAAUAGAUACUUGUCACUGGACUUUGCAGGUUUUAUUUAUAUGCAGACACAAGUGAGCUGGGUUUGUGUCUGCUUGUAUAAAAAUGUACUUGGAAAUUUUACAAUAAAUGUAUUGAUUAAAUAUGAUUGUAUACUUAAUGCUAAUUUAUUCAUUUAAAAUUAGCCACUUGAGUAGUUUGUGACAAAUGCUGAUUUUUAUCUUUGUGUGUUUCACUCUGUAUGCAUGAUAAAUUUUGAAUGAGUAAAUUUAAAGGUUUGAAAU